AUGUUCGUUGUUGGAGCCUCUGCGUUGGAUUCCAGCCACUUCCGCACCGGCGUUUCUGCAGAUUUACCUUCUGAGAUGACGGCUCUUGUGCAGACAAGCCCACCUCUGCCACCGGAACCGCCAGACCCGCUUGAUCCGACAGAGAAAUCUGUUGCACUAUCGCCCUUUCACUCCAUAUCCAAGCUCCUCCACCAUCUCCUCUGGUCAAUCUCCUUAGAUAUGACUGGCUCCAGAUCUAGUUGUUCAGGGUUCUCUCGAAGGCUGAGGAAGCCAUCUCCUGGUUGCUCCUCCAUCUAUCCCCGAGCUCGAGACUAUGUGUUUCACUUCCAAGCUCGACGAUUGAUGCGUCCAUCUCCCUCGCCGAGAUCCCAACUCAUGUCCUCUUGCCCAGCCUUUCACUUUCUCAAGAUGAUUCAUCCGAGUCAUUCUAUUUCUCCAGUUUUGCCGGAAUUAUCCUCUGCAACGGCGAGUUUCUCCACCGUAGUCAAGCACUAUCACCGUCGAACUAUUCUGGUAGCUUUCCCGACUCUGAACGGCACCAGAUCGAGGAGUUCUAUGAAGUGCUCUCGAAGGCUUAUCUUUCCAUCUCUUGGUGAGUACUCCCUCCCUCUCCAUCCCGGACCCGCUUAUCACCGUCCCUUUUCGGAUGUAACCGGAACUAUCUCCACCGGAAAAGCCUAUUUGCAACAAAACAACAUUGUUUCAUCUAUGGGCCAUGUGGCUUUGGAAUUUGUUGGGCCUGGCCCAUGA